GAGGAAUAAUAAUCAAACUAGGAGAGACGUGCUUCCUGCAAGACGCAGCAAUGGAUGUCCGUCGCUACGUUAAAACGCCUACAGAAUGGCUCGGCGUGGCGUGCACACUGCUUUUAAUCACCGAAUCGGUUGUGUGUGACGGUGCAAACGGGAGGAAGGAGCAGGAGUGUUAUAAUUAUGCCGGUGGACACGUUUAUCCCGGAGAGACUUUCCGCGCUCCCGUCUCUGAUCAUUCCUUACACCUGAGCAAAGCCAAAAUCUCUAAACCAGCUCCACACUGGGAGGGAACAGCUGUGAUCAAUGGAGAGUUUAAGGAGCUGAAACUGUCAGAUUACAGAGGAAAAUACCUGGUUUUCUUCUUCUACCCGCUGGACUUCACGUUUGUGUGUCCUACUGAGAUCAUCGCCUUCAGUGAUCGCGUGCACGAGUUUCGGGACAUCAACGCAGAGGUGGUCGCUUGUUCGGUGGACUCGCAGUUUACUCACCUGGCUUGGAUCAACACACCCAGGAAGCAAGGAGGUCUCGGACCAAUGAAAAUCCCUCUCCUUUCUGACCUCAGCCACCAGAUAUCCAAGGACUAUGGAGUCUUUCUGGAGGAUCAGGGACACACACUCAGGUAUUCAUUAUAAU